AGUAGUAAUCUCCAGCUUGUAAUAAGCUACAUGUGAGAAUGUUGGCGAUAACGUGGUCGUUAGUCAAUAGUGUAGUAGCGAGCUGGUGUAGCGAGUCUACGAGCUCGGUUUGGGACACGGCAGGUAACGUUCCCGCAGGUGCGGUCGGUUUGCAGACGACAGGAAGCAACGAACUUAAUUGCCGAGAAGUGCUUUCACAUUUUUUAUUGUGUUAGAGGUGGAUCUAGCUCUAGCCUGACUGACCCCUUUUAGUUUUCACCUUCACUGAAUUUAGUUUCGCUUAAUGGGAGUUUCAUUUUGACAGCGGUUCGCAGCCUGCUGUGAGGAUCAGCUAGCAUCCCUCUAACGUUAGCUUAACCGACUAGCACUCGUUACUAGCCACAGCCGACAGCCCCCAGACUACGAACGGGUAGCCUAGUCUAGUGCUAGCUUGCUAACGUCACCCCUCAGUCGAAACUGGGUAAACCGGACAGGAUGUUGAGGUUCUACUACCCCGGCGUCCAGAUUUGCCCCGGUUGUCACAUGUGGACAGUCUUCCUGACACGUCACUACUUAGUUCACUGUACUGGAACCAGCAUAUUGACGUGACCGGGUUAAAAUGGACCGCAGCCAGCCGCUCACUAACAGGUCACCUGAUGUGUACCUACACACCCAGCUGGAGAAGAGUGCGUUGAGUGUGUGUGUGUGUGAGUGUGUGUGUCUCAUGAGAGAGUGAUUCGGAGGUCUAGUGUGUGGGAAUGUGUGUAGGGGUGCCUGCUGUGUGUGUUUGGCCCCCGGUGUGUUUGAGUGUUUGCAUGUGUCGUUUGUCUGCCUAGGCUUUUAAUCAUGUGUGUGUGUAUGUAGGAGAGUUCUCUGGUGUGUGUGUGUGUGUGUGUGUGUGUUCGUGUGUGUAUUCCCUGUGUGUGUAUUUCCUGUGUGAGUGGGUGUGUGUGUGUGUAUCCCCUGUGUGUGUGUGUGUGUGUGUGUGUAUACUAUCUGCGUAUCUGUGUAACUCUUGUGUAAUUGCGUGUGUGAUUGUGUGUAUGAGUGUGUGAGUGCAUCUGUGUGUGUGUGUGUGUGUGUGUGUGUGUGUGUGGCGAUGGCGCUGCGUGAGUCUGCGUUCUCCGGCGCGUGUGUGAGCGGUCUGCACACGCUCAGUUGGGCGCUGGUGUUCCCCAGCUUCUGGUUCCUGGACCGUCUCCUGGCCGGCUGCAAGUCCACCACCUCGGAACGCCGGGAGCGCCGGGAUCAGGAAUGCUACCUGCGGCCGCUCUCCGUGCUGUUCGGAUCGCUGGCGUUCCUGCUGCUCUUCCUGCUCUGGGCUCCGGUGGCGCUCCUGGGAUUCCUGCUGUGGGCUCCGCUGCAGUGUGCGCGCAGACCCUUCCGCUACCACCGGGGGGCGCCCUCGCUGCGGGCGGACGAGCGGAAUGCCGGGUGGCGCUCGACGGGGCGGGUCUCGCUGGGCUUCGCCACGGCCAACCUGUGCCUGCUGCCCGACAGCCUGGCGCGCUUCAACAACCUGAGCCACACGCAGCGGCGUGCGACGGCCAUCGGGGGCAGCAUCGUGCAGGGCGUCACGCGGCCGCACAUACGCAUCUACGUCGACUCGCCCAGCAGCUGCGGAACCGGAACACUCAGCCCCUCCAGCAGCCUGCUGGCCUCCUCCGCCUCCUCCCACAAUGCACCUGGGGGUUGCUAUGGCGCCACGCAGACGACUCAGGCCCUCCCCCCCGCCGCCGCCGUCGCCGUUGCCGUUGCCGCCGGCGACCCCUCGUCCACUUCCUCUGAGGAGGAGAACCCUCAGGACGACGACGUCGUCAUCAUCGUCGCCCCCUCCUCCUCCUCCUCCACCCCUUCGUCGCCCGGCGGCGGCUCUGUUGUCACGGCCACGACCUGCCACAACGAUGAUGACGCCAACGUCGCCAACAGCAACCAGAACUCCAGCCUGCCGGACGUGCGGGUGGUGUGUGUGGACGCGGACACUGGUGUGGGCGUGGCUACGGGUGGUGGUGUGGGCGUGGCUAGUGGAGUGGGCGUGGCUAGUGGAGUGGGCGUGGCUAGUAAAGGACGCCACCCCCCUCGUGCUCUGGGCCGCUCGGGGGCCACGCGGGUGGAGACGGAUAUUCCCAUGGAGGUGUCGGCCAUGUUCCCCCCCGGAGUAGACCUGCUGUGCCUACAGGAGGUGUUUGACCAGCGUGCGGCGGAGAGGCUUUGUAGCUCGCUAGCGCCCCUCUAUGGCCACGUGCUGUAUGACGUGGGUGUGUACGGCUGCGCGGCCGGCUGCGGCGCCUUCAAGUUCUUCAACAGCGGGCUGCUCGUGGCCAGCAGGCUCCCCCUAGUGGACGCGCAGUACCACUGCUUCCCCAACGCACGCGGGGAGGACGCGCUCGCCGCCAAGGGCCUGCUGUGUGUCAAGGUGCUCAUCAAGCUGCCUGACCAAGGGAGUCAAAGGAUGGUGGGCUACUUCAACUGCACUCAUCUUCAUGCUCCUGAAGGUGAUGGGGCGGUGCGGUACGAGCAG